AUGGAAUACACACUACUCUUCUUACGGGAUCUUUUGGGCUUAAUACAUUGCUCCAUUUUGUGUUCUUCACCAGUGACAAUACAAUUCCUUUUCCUUGCUGAUACUUGGGCAGCUUUGCACUCGCCUGCUGUGUUGCACAAGGCACCACAUAAGCAUGUGGCGUGGCGUGCUGCUUCGGCAGCAGACCUGCGACCCGCAGGACUGCAUCGUUACCACCGUCAUGGGCUUUCCCCCCCUCUUUUAUGCUUUUCUCUUGCUGUGAACCGCUCUCGAUGGAGAAUGCGACCGUUCCUUCCUCUUCACGGACAGGACGCAAGCGCAAUAACCUGUGUGCUUCUGAUUCGACUUCACGUAAGUGUUUCUUGGUCUGGGGAAUAG